CUCGGUUAAUGACGAUUUGCGAUAUCUUCCAUAGAAAAUCAUGGAGGGGAAGGACAACCACGAUGCUGAUGACGCCGGCCGUGCCGCUGUGGCGCUGCGUCUGAGGCACGACAUGCCACACCUGCACGACGCGUGCUACCUGGACCAUGUGGGUGCGGCCAUGUACACUGCAACCCAAGUCAAGGCAUGCUCCGACAUCUUGUUGCAGGAGCCGCUCGGCAAUCCUCACAGCAUUCACCCAAGCAGCACUCGGUCCACGGAGCUGAUUGAGGAGACUCGGCAACUCGUUCUCAAUUUCUUUGGUGCACGAGCACAGGACUACGACGUCGUGUUCACGGCUUCGGCAACGCAUGCGCUUCAGCUGGUGGCGCAGGCCCUUUGCCCGGACCCAGACACGAGUGGGCUUGACUCCAUGCUCUUCAGCUAUUCCAACCACAGCCACACCUCCGUCACUGGCAUGCGCGCCGCGUUCCAGCAGCGCGGUGCCACGUGUCAGCCGUUUUCGCGACAGCAGGUGCAGCCUGCAAGUGGCAAUAGUUCUGCUCGCUCAUCCUCCUCAUCGACAUCAUCAAAAUCAACCUUUCGCCACCACCUGAUUGCAUACCCGGCCAUGUGCAACUACUCUGGAGAGCGCUUCCCUCUCGAGUGGUGUCGCCAGCUCAGAUCCAACCACUUGCACAUCACCAACGCACCACACGCCAUCCCAAACACCAUGGUCCUGCUUGAUGCUGCAUCGCACGUGUCCACGAGCCCGCUCGAUCUCAGCGCACACCAGCCAGACAUGGUGUGUGUCUCCUUCUACAAAGUGUUUGGCCUCCCCACGGGUCUUGGCUGCCUCCUUGUUCGCCGUGCCGUCGCCCACGCUCUUCGCCCAACCUACUUUGGUGGCGGGACCGUGCGUGCGUAUUCGGUGCUGCCUGAUCACCAGCACGUGGCGCUGGCAGACGACGCCCCAGCGCAUGUGCGAAUGGAGGCCGGCACACAGAACUUCCUCGCCAUCGCCCAGCUCAAGGCAAGCAUGGCUGCGUUUAUGGCCGCUGUGGGCUCGAUGCAUGUUGUGCGUGCGUACACAGCAGAGCUGGCAUCGUACUGUCGGCGGCAGCUGCUUGCCCUCCGGCACUCCAACGAGCAGCCACUCGUCACCAUCAACUCCCCCUGGUCCAACGACGAUCUCAACGACACACAGAAGCAAGGCCCUGUCGUCAACUUCAAUCUGUGUCGCCACGACGCCUCACUCGUCUCCCCGUCCGAAGUGUGCAAUCUUCUUGCCCUCCACAACAUCCACGUUCGAUCAGGCUGCCUGUGCAACGCCGGCGCGUGCCACGACAUUGGCGGGUUCGCACAGCAAGACUACGAACGCAUGCUGCAAGCGGGAUACGCGUGUGGAACCACAGAGGACAUGCUUGAUGGCAGGCCCAUCGGCGGUGUACGGGUGUCGUUUGGUGCAUACUCUGUCAAGCAGGAUGUUGAUCGGCUCGUGCGUGUGAUCCGUGAGUACUUUGUGGACGCGACAGACGCAUUGAUGGCGCCAGCGGAGAAGCGGCAACAGCGACAGCCGCAGCACAACACAACAGCACUCCCUGUUGACGCCGCCACACACACGACAGGCCACAAUCUGAAGUAUGAUGAUGCUGAUCAUGACGACGCAAGGGGCGGUGCCGUUGCCGACAAACAACCACACAUUGCACAGCUCACACUGUACCCUAUCAAGUCGUGUGCCGGGCAGUCGGUGCAAGCGUGGCCGCUCUCAACAACAGGGCUCGCAUAUGACCGCACGUGGAUGGUGGUGGAUGAUGCAACCGGCAGAGCGCUGUCGCAGAAGCAGCACGCACACAUGUGUCUCAUCAAACCCACCGUCGACCUCAGCAGCCACACGCUCACCAUCACGGUGCCCACCACCGGUGCUGCAAACGCAGGCCGUGGUGAUGGUCACCAAGACUUGGUGUUCACGAUCCCCCUGGACCCGCCAGCCGCCACCGACACCGGUGACGUCACGAGCAAGCCGGCGAAGGUGUGUGCCGAUGCGGUGCAGGCAUUUGACUGCGAUCCUGCCGUCUCAGCAGCACUGUCGACGUUCCUGGGGCGCCCGUGCCGCCUGGUACGACAGGCCGGUGCCAGCACACGUGCCUGCCGUGUGGCGAAGGGCGAGUCGACUGCUGUGUUGUCGCUCGCCAACGAAGCGCACUUUCUUGUUGCUUCCCUCUCGAGUACCCGCAAGCUGCUUGCAACCAUGCACAAGAGCGAAGAAGGGCAGCGACUGGUAGACCCUCAAGAGCAGCGGCAGCAACGACAGCAACGGCAGCAACGGCAGCAAGGGGAGGAAAAAGAAGAAGAACACGGCAACAAGCAUUGUGAUGGGGCGGGGACAGAUGACGCGAUGGUGUGGGUUAGGCGGUUCCGCCCAAACAUCGUCAUUGAUGGCGCUGACGCGUUCGCUGAGGACUUGUGGCGUGUGGUGAAUGUGUGCGGUGCGACUGGAACGGCAACAGCAAAACUGGAGUUUGUACGCUGCUGCCGCCGUUGCAACAUGGUUUGUGUCGACCAAGCAACCGGCCAGCGCACAGCCGAGCCUCUCGCGACCCUCUCAAAAGUUCGCAAGCGCAAGGGCGCAACCUAUUUUGGUGCGCUAUUCAACGUGGUAUCCAGCAAGGGCACAGAUGAGACAAUGCUUGCCGUUGGUCAGUCGCUCUCCCUCGUCCAAUCCACCGCAGAUGACGUGACUGAGUAGUGUGUGCGUGUCUGCCUGUUUGUCUGUGAGUAAGUCUGCCUGUUUGUCUGUGAGUAA